GCACGGAGAAGGGUGCCAAAAGCUGGCGGUCAAGAUUAUUUGGGAUCCAGCAGCUGCGUCUCCACAGGACGGGCUCUGGCCCCAGUGUGGAUUUUGUGCUAUUUCUUGGGUGCUUCAGCUGCGCAGCCCCAGACAGGGCAGGGCACCACGAGCACAGCAGAGACAGAAUCCCUCCGAACAGCAUCGGCUGCCACAGCGGGGUCCCCAGCACCAGUCGAGUCCCGUCCUCGCUGGACGAAAUCCCCUAGAGAAGGGCCUUGAGCUGCCCGGCCAGCGCGGGGGAGGCCGUGGCAUCCCAGCAAUGUGGCCCCGCUCCCGGCAGCGGGUCAGGCCCCACGUGCUGCUCCUGGCACGGCGGCCAGCGCUGCUGUCCCUGUGUCACCAUCCAGGAGGAGCGGGAGGGGCGCUAGGACCCCUCGGCGCUCCCCAUCCCGGGCGGGCGGCGCUAGGACCCCGCGGCGCUCCCCAAGGCGGGUGGGCGGUGCUAGGACCCCCACGCCUUUCCAUAUCCUGGGCGGGCGGCGCUAGGACCCCGCGGUUUCCCCGGCCCCCGGGCAGGCGGGUGGCGCUAGGACCCCGCGGUGUCCCCGGGAGGCUCCGUGCGCGGCGCCGGCGGCUCCGGUUCUAGCGGCGGCAUCAGCAGCAUCAGCAUCCUCAGCAUCCUCGCAGCGCACUGCAGAGCCGAGCGGCCACAGCGGCCGGAGGGCCGGGCCCGUUCCCUCCGGGCCCGUUGAACCGAGCCGCGAUGUGACUCCUGGUGCCACCAUGGCCGUGCCAGCCAGGGGGGCCCGGCAGCCCCCCGCACCCCGCGGGGCUCAGGAGGAGAGGAGGGACCCCCACACACCGCUCGCCACCUGCUGCAGAUGAGACCCGCACCCAGGUGCUCGCGGGACGCCGGCAAUCACUGCACGCUGAGGCUGGCGCAGAGACAUGAGUGGCAGCACGAGCCAGCGCGCCGCCGCCCUGGGGGUCCUCUUUGCCCUGAUCAUGUUGCUGAUCAUCUACAGCUCCGGCAGCGGGAGCGAGGUCUUCCUCUACAGCCACCUGCGGGGCAGAGCCCACCAGCCCCCCAACCUGAAGAAAUGGGGGGUGAAAAGCGGGUACCUGCCUGUCUGCGGGAACAAGACCCUGACUGCCCGCUGCCACCAGUGCGUCAUCGUCACCAGCUCCAGCCACCUCCUGGGCACCCAUUUGGGCACGGCCAUCGAUGCAGCCGAGUGCACCAUCCGCAUGAACGACGCUCCCACCACCGGCUACGAGGCUGAUGUGGGCAACAAGACCACCUUUCGCGUGGUUGCCCACUCCAGCCUCUACCGCGUCCUCAAGCGGCCCCAGGAGUUUGUUAACAAGACCCCGGAGACCAUCUUCAUCUUCUGGGGGCCGCCUGCCAAGAUGCAGAAGAGCCUCCUGAAAAUCAUCCAACGUGUCAGCGCCUCCUUCCCCAACAUGACAGCCUACGUCGUCUCCCCUGGCCGCAUGAAGCAGUUUGAUGACCUGUUUCGGGGAGAGACGGGGAAGGACAGGGAGAAGUCACGCUCGUGGCUCAGCACCGGCUGGUUCACCAUGGUGAUCGCGGUGGAGCUGUGCGACGCCGUCCACGUCUAUGGCAUGGUGCCACCCAACUACUGUGGCCGCCGGCCUCCACCCCGCCGCCUGCCCUACCACUACUACGAGCCGAAGGGCCCCGACGAGUGCACGACCUACAUCCACAACGAGCGGAGCCGCAGGGGCAACCACCAUCGCUUCAUCACCGAGAAGCGGGUCUUCGCCAGCUGGGCCGGGCUUUACAACAUCACCUUCUCUCACCCCACCUGGCCCUAGGGGCUGCCCCCCACCCCUAGCUGGGCAGAACCCCUGGAACCGGGAUGAUUGGGGGGGUCCCCUGCAUCCCCCCAGGAGCAAGGAGCAGUAGGAGCCCAGCAUCGAGGUGCCACCAGGUGCCUCCCGUGGGACCACUGCCAUUGUGCACGGUGGUUUCUCACACCUGGGAUGGGUUGGGUUUUGAGUUGUUUUUGGGGGGGGGCCAGGCAGCCUGUGUGGGGUUUGGGGUCCCCUCCAUGGGCAGGAGGUGAGGAGUGAGAUCCUGCCUGAUCCUGGUCUGGGCUUGGAGCCGUUGCUGGGUUUGGGGGUUGCAUUGCUUUUGGGAUCCCUCUCCUGCUCCUCUCAGGUCUCAGCGCCCCCAGCCAUCCCCAUCACCCCAAUCCUGGUCCGUGAGCAUCCUUCCCUCAGCAGAACCCCACGGUUCUGUGAUGGGACCCUGUUGGGGUGACACUGCCAUCCUUAAUGCCCCGGCACCCCAAAACCACCCAGCCUCUCCCAGCACUGCUGCACAUUCCACCUACACUGCCAAAACCUUUUCUAACCAAGCAAUGGGAUUUGGGGGGAGCUUUUAGGGGCUUUUUUGGUUCCUCCCUUCUUCUGGUCCUGGGGUUUGUAUUCAGGUUUCCCUACAAGGAGCGAGCGAAGGGGGCUGCCAGAUGCUCGUUAGGGGUAACGAAGGGGCUGGCAGCAGCCUGUGGCUGGAUCCUCAUCACUUGUUAAUUGCUUAUAAACUAUUUAGAAGCAGGCACGUAGGCAGAGGUGUCAGCAGUGCCCCUCGCUGCCCUGUGGUUGGGGGGGAUUUUGUUAUUAAUUUUUCAGCAGUGGGGAAAAUGGCUCAAUACAACAUGUUUGGAUGCUGAGCCCUGGUAGGGGCUGCAUGAAGGUGGCUCCGUGCCUCAGUUUCCCUCUGGCUGUGGCCUGUCCCUGUUAUGGCUGGGGCUCUGGGGGGGGGGGCUCGGUGCUGUGGGGCAUCCGCGUUUUGUAAUGGUUUGUACGGGAAUAAAUAUU